AUGCCGGCAACUCUCCGCAAGCAGCGGCAGCGCUGCCGCUGCUCGCGGAGAGGUCCGCGAAGCCUGGGCGCGCUUAUCUCAGACCGCGCAGGCUUCGGCAUGCCGGCAACUAUCCGCAAGCAGCGGCAGCGCUGCCGCUGCUCCCGGAGAGGGCCGCGAAGCCUGGGCGCGCUGAUCUCAGCGCGCGCAGGCUCCGGCAUGCCGGCAACUCUCCGCAAGCAGCGGCAGCGCUGCCGCUGCUCGCGGAGAGGUCCGCGAAGCCUGGGCGCGCGGCUCUCAGCGCGCGCAGGCUUCGGCAUGCCGGCAACGCUCCGCAAGCAGCGGCCGCGCUGCCGCUGCUCGCGGAGAGGUCCGCGAAGCCUGGGCGCGCUGAUCUCAGCGCGCGCAGGCUUCGGCAUGCCGGCAACUCUCCGCAAGCAGCGGCAGCGCUGCCGCUGCUCGCGGAGAGGUCCGCGAGCCUGGGCGCGCUGA